GGUACCUUCAUUGAACUCUGGUUUAAAACUUGGCGUGUGCAUAUUGGUUACAUGUUUGGUUUUCUUGAUGUUUGAACUAGCAAACGACAAAGGAAAAAGGGUGGAGAUUUCUGACACAGGCUCCUAUAUGGUCAAUUCGCCGAUAAUAAAUAUUUCUGUCAGUGAGGGUGUAGUUUCAGACACAUCAGAGAAAGUGAUUUCAACAUUAACAAAUUCAGAUCAACUGUUCGAGUCAAAAGAUAAGCCAAGUUUAAGUCAUUCGGAACAGAUAUCAAUUAAAAAGAACUUGAUGUUUAUAAGGACCCACAAGUGUGGAACUUCCACCUUAGUUGAUGUUUUUUAUCUUCGUGGAGUCAGAAAAAGGCUCAACUUUUUCAUGGUUCCUUAUGAGCGUGACAUAAACACUUUAGAUUACCGGAGCCUGCUACCACCAAGACCUGGAUCAGUGUACAACAUGCAGUGUCGACACAUCAUUUUCCAACCAGAUGCUGAACACACGAUAAUGCCCAAAGAAACCUCUCUUUACUCUACUAUUGUCAGAUCUCCAGUGUCCCAGUUUAAGUCUGCUUUUAGCUUUUUUAGGAAUGAGUUCAAAAUGCGAUUGAAGUACGGUGACCUAUCAAUAGACGCGUUGAUUGGACACUACUUGGACAAAAUAUCCGAACCAACAGAAUACACUGCCCCUGCUAUAAGCUUGAGUAUCAAUAGUGUGGCUAAAGACUUGGGAUGGGACGCUUUUAACCGCAGAAUGAUGGAAUCAACACUUCAAGAAAAGAUAAACGCCUUUAUAGAACAUCUGGACCAAGAGAUGGACUUUGUUAUGAUAACCGACAGAAUGGACGAAAGUCUAAUUAUUCUUAAAGAAUAUCUUGGCUGGAAUAUGACUGACAUUAUGUAUCUUAAUUAUAAUGUCAGCCCAAAACCAAAAGUAACACUGUCAGAGGAAACUAAAGCCAGAAUAUUGAAAUAUCAAGUUAUAGAUGCUCAAAUAUUUGAUCAUUUUAACAAAACAUUCGAGCUGCACCUCCAUAGGGUAGGCAGAGAAAAAGUAGCAUCUCAAGUCAAUGAGUUUGUAGAAAUGAGGGAAUCUUUUGAAAACAAAUGUCUAAACAAAAAUAAGACUGUUAGUAAUCCCAAUGCAUCAAUCAAAUGGGAGAUAACAGAGUACGGUAAAAACAUAAAUGUGGCCUGCACAUUUUUACAGAAUAAACCUUCCUUAUUGACUGAAGUCAUUACACAGCUUCAGCUUUCCCAAGACUAUACCAUUCCUAUCAAAGGACAAGAAACUGAGCCUUUCUUGAUGCAAGAUAUUGUUUCUAAAAUCCAACGGGACUAUGAUAAUAAUGAGGAUCUAGUGUGAUCGAUCCGGUGAAAUUAAGACAGUUUUGAAACACUGAGACAGUCUGAGUUCUUUAGCUUUGAUCAGUAUCUGAUGAACGGUGCUAGAGCUUCCAAAUUCAUACUUUGACAGCUCUAUGUUUUUCAGCAUCUUUAUUAUUGACUGAAGUCAUUACACAGCUUCAGCUUUCCCAAGACUAUACCAUUCCUAUCAAAGGACAAGAAGCUGAGCCUUUCUUGAUGCGAGAUAUCGUUUCUAAAAUCCAACGGGACUAUGAUAAUAAUGAGGAUCUAGUGUGAUCGAUCCGGUGAAAUUAAGACAGUUUUGAAACACUGAGACAGUCUGAGUUCUUUAGCUUUGAUGAGUAUCUGAUGAACGGUGCUACAGCUUCCAAAUUCAUACUUUGACAGCUCUAUUUUUUUCAGCAUCUUUAUUACCAAUUCGAGCAGCUUCAAAGCGUGGCUUCUCUGCCAAUAUAAUAUAUUUUUUAUUUAUUUAUAAUAGUGUGAUGUUUUAGUUGCAACUCAAAUUUAUAAUUCUAGAUAAAGUGGUUUGAGGUUACGUCAUUAAUCAAAAUAAAGAAAUGUGCCUAUACCAUUAUAUAUAAUAAGGUUUGAUGCCAAACUCUGAAAAUAAUUGAUGAAGGGGACUAUUUUACGAUUUUUAUUUUUACAAAGGAAAGAAAUGAAAGACA